AUGCCGUCUCAAAGGUCUGCCGUACAUAAAAGCAAUGGGGCGCGCCGGCGAAAGACCUCUUCGGCUUGUGAGUCAUGUCGCGAAAGGAGGACUCGCUGCGACGGACAGAAGCCCAUCUGUGGGUCUUGUGCUCAACGGUCGAACGUGGCCGGUUGGUGUGCUUACAGACGUAUCGGCCGCCUUAUGGAUAAUGAAGAAUACCUUCAAGUUCUGCUUUGUCAUAUUCGUGAACUUGAGGAGGCGUGUGAACAGGCGGGAAUUCCGGUGCCUACAUUUGAGCCGCAGGACUCAUCCCUGGAGUCUGAGGGAGAAGAACCCCCUUCACCGGUUCUGAAGUCUCCAUUCAAUCCUCCCGCAGGUUUCCCAGAUCAUGGACAUAUUCCCGCCUUCCCGCCUCCAAUAAAACCGGAGACCUUUCCUUCCCUUCUGACAAACCCGCAGGAGGGCGACGUGAAUAUUCUGGGACCCGUUAGCAUUAACCCUAUUGGUAGUAGUGAAGGCUUCCUGAAGCAGCUGAAUAUGCUCAGCAGUCCGCCUACUGCGUGCCUAAUGCGUCUUUUAGCUCAAGGCCCUACGAUGAGCGAUAUCCCUUAUGGUCCUGCCCGUUCCCAAUUAGAUGGGUUUUUCCUCCCACCGCGGGAUCUUGCUGAUCAUCUCCUGGGAUGUUUCUGGGAUCGGGUUUACUGUCUUUAUCCCUUCUUUGACCGACCUAGCGUUCAGGACGCAUACGAGAGUCUCUGGAUAUCCUGUGACAAACAGGAUGCAAAGCCGAGUAAACUCAACAUUGGGCUGGGCGGAAAUUCGGACUGUGGCCCUCGGUCGCCGGUUUUUAUUUGUGCACUGAAUAUGAUGUUUGCACUUGGCUGCCACUUUGCCGAUAUUUCGGUCCCAGAUCGAAACGACAUAGCCCACGCUUUCUUCCUCAGAGCUAGGCAGCACAUUGGGCUGGAUGUGCUUGAUAUACGCACCGUUGGAGCCGUCCAGACUCUUUUAAUGGCUGCAUUGUAUCUCCAAAGCAUACCAGAUCCGCACAAGUCCUCUGAUAUGAUCGGAGUCGCUUGCCGGAUUGCCCAAGCGCUGGGGCUCCAUGAAAGCCAGCCAGACGACUUCAAGGAUCCGCUGGAGUUGGAGAUUCAGCGUCGCACCUGGCAUGGAUGUGUGAUGAUGGAUACGGUCGUGAGUAUGGCUCAUGGCAAGUCGAGUAUGACGUCUGCUUUGCCUACCAUACCACUGCCAGGAGCAGUGGAUCUUACCUCUACAGACACGAAGGGCCCGUACUUGACAGCCUUUUACGUCUCUAGUAUAGAGCUGUAUAGCAUUCUUGGCAGUAUCUUGUCACAUGUUUCCAAGGCACGGUGCGAUCGAUCGAGCACCUCGGCCAGCUCAGCAACCGUCCAACAGGACACACUGGAUGCCAUCAUUAAGCUGGAAGGAAGGCUAUCCGAAUACGAGUCCGAUCUCCCUUCAGUUCUCCGUUGGAGACAGCCAUACAAUCCAGCGACUGACCUUCUUCGGCUGUCCACUCUAAGGCGUCAGAGAAAUGUUCUGCAUGCAAGGUUUCUGUAUAUGCACCUUCUGCUCUACCGCCCGGCCUUCACCCAACUGUGUUCUGAAGUACUGGCUGAAGAGGAUUCCGAGAUCGACCCGAGCGAACUUACCCCCAGGACGCUCUAUUCACCGAUGUUGUCGAAGUGUGCGGCCGACUGCACAAAAGCGGCGAUCGACAUGAUCUCCCUGAUCUAUGACAACUACCAAACAUCAACUACCGAUACUUGGUGGUACAAUAGUUUCUACACUACGACUGCGGGCAUGGUCCUUGUAAUGGCCUAUACAUGCCGACCCGCCCUACCCGACAUCGAGAGGGCUACCAUCAAUGAAUCCUGGCGCAAGUGCGAACAAAUCUUGCAGUACAUGAUCCCGUAUAAUUUCUCCGCGAGGAAUACACUACUUUUUCUCCGGGCAGCUCACGGUCGGAUUGUCUCCUACCUCGAGGAGGGAAGUGAGACGGACGCCAACGACAUGGGCCCUGGUUCGAACCAAGUAAGUGGUGUCGAGAACCCUUUCGCCGAAGAUUCAGACAACCACUUCAGCGGUGCAAACUGGCUGGGCAGUGCAGUGGCGAUGGUUGGACUGGGGCUUUUAUGCCCGGCCGAUUUUAAAUGGUUCCAGGGAUGGUUGGCAGAGGAAUUACCCUAA